AUGACUCAUAUUCCUCUUUUUCUUAUGUCAUUAUUAAACUCAAAAAACGUCGUCUUAUCACAAGUUUCAUUUUACAAAAUGACUAUGUUUUUUGAAAACGGUGAAGAACAAUUGAUGACAAAUUUCAUGACACAGUCCUAUGAGGAAAGUACUGGUGAAGACAACUCAUUAUUAUUAAAGUAUGUUCGUCAAUUAUCGAAUUCUUCGACAAUUGAGAAUUUCAAUGAAGUUACCUUGGAUCCUGUCGAUUGGAAAUCAACACGCGAGCAGGCCCAUCGAAUGUUGGAUACUUCAUUGGAUUUUCUAGAAAAUUCUCGUCAAAGACCGGCAUGGCUGCCAUUACCAACUGAAACGCGACAACGUCUUACUACAGAGACUCUACCAAGAGAAGGAAAGUGUUUGAAGGAGGUUUGCGAUGACAUAACCAAUGAUGUUUUACCUUACUGCGGUGGAAAUACUCAUCCAAGAUUUUGGGGUUGGGUUCAUGGAUCAGGAACUGUUGGCGGUUUAAUAGCUGAGAUGAUGACGGCCACAAUGAAUUCUAACGUUGGUCUUUGCAGUCACAGUGGAGUUUUAAUUGAAAGACAAGUUAUUCAGUGGAUGGUGGACUUAUUUCAAUUUCCACACGAAACUUCGGGCGGUGUUAUCGUUAGUGGUACAUCGAUGGCUGCACUCAUGUGCUUAGCUGUUGCACGUUGUCAUACAUUGAGUAAAAUAAGAGAAAAAGGUUUAGUUUCAUUAGGUGUCCAACUAGUGGCUUAUUGCUCGCGAGAAACACAUGUUUGUAUUGCGAAAGCAAUGGAAAUGCUAGGCUUAGGAAACGAAGCUUUACGACUAGUACCGGUUAAUAGUCAGUUUCAAAUAGAUAUUCCAUCACUCAAGUCAAUGAUUGAACGAGAUCGAAAAGAUGGAUUGAUUCCUUUUUGUAUUGUUGGAAAUGCGGGUACUGUUAGUACGGGUGCAUUUGAUGAUCUGAAAUCCCUAUCAAUAAUUGCAAAAGAAAAUCACAUUUGGUUUCAUGUUGAUGGUGCAUUUGGAAGUUUUGUUGUUCUCGAUGAGACUCGUCGAAAUUUAAUUGACGGCUUGAGCGAGGCCGAUUCAUUAGCGUUUGAUUUUCACAAAUGGUUACAUGUUCCAUAUGCAGCUGGAUGUGUUCUAUUGCGAAAUUUUCAAAAACUUCAAGAUACAUUCUCAUCCACACGUCAUUAUUUAACUGGAACAAAACGAGGAUUUGCCGGCGAUAUGCCUUGGUUCUCCGAUCUGAGCAUCGAGCUUUCAAGACCGUGUCGAGCCUUGAAAGUUUGGUUUACAAUCAAAGAACAUGGAAUGAAUAAAUUAGGCCAAACAAUCCAGAACAAUUGUGAUCAAGCACAGUAUUUAGCGAAUUUAUUAAUGAAAUAUGACUUUAUUCAAGUAUUCACUCCCGUUUCAUUGAAUAUUGUUAAUUUUCGAGUGGAACCUCAUGAAUUAAAGCAUAUGGAUUCGAUCACGUUAGAUGCAUUUAACGACGAAAUCGUCAAUGAUUUACAGGAAAAGGGAAUUGCGGUCCCGUCAACAGCAAGAAUUCAUGCUAAGAAUCUAGCAACAACACAAUACGAUCGACUUUACUAUGUCGCAAAUCAGAGAGUAUUAAUCACUUAA